GACAUACCAGUAAACCUCAAGUUCAUUAUUGAAGGUAUGGAAGAAGCAGGAUCUCUUGGACUAGAGGAAAUAAUUAAGAAAGAAAAUCAGCGUUUUUUCUCAGAUGUUGACUAUAUUGUGAUUUCGGAUAACCUUUGGCUUAGCAACAGGAAACCAGCCCUCACAUAUGGGACUCGGGGAAACAUCUGCUUCUCCGUGGAGGUACAGUGUGGGAGAGAGAUUCUUCAUUCAGGGAAGUUUUGGAGAGAAUAUAAAAAUAAUAGUGGUGUGACAAAAUUCCUAUAUGACACUAAGGAGGAAAUACUUAGUCACCUGUGGCGUUACCCCUCUCUCUCUAUUCAUGGGAUUGAAGGAGCUUUUCAUGAACCAGGAAUAAAAACAGUUAUACCCGCAAGAGUAAUAGGAAAAUUUUCAAUCCGGCAAGUCCCUCACAUGGACAUUUCAGUCGGAGAACAUCAGGUGAUAAAAUAUUUAGAGGAUGUUUUCUCUAAGAGAAACAGCCCAAACAAACUGAAGGUGUCUGUACCAAUAAGUGCAAUGCCAUGGGUUGCUGACAUAAAUGAUCCUCUUUAUACAGCAGCAAGAAUGGCAAUCAAAACAGUUUUUGGACAAAAUCCAGAAAUGAUCCGGGAUGGCGCAACAAUUCCGAUUGCCCAAAUGUUCCAGAAUAUAACAAGGAAGAGUGUGAUGAUGCUUCCAAUUGGAGCAGCUGAUGAUGCGGAGCAUUCCCAAAAAGAGAAAAUAAGCAGGCACAAUUACAUUCAAGGAACAAAACUGUUUGCAGCCCUUUUCUUUGAGAUUGCAAAACUGCAUGGACAGUUACAGGAAGCGUCCAACACGACGACUACAAACUGAUGGUUCCUGGCAAGACAAUAAGCUAGACACCUGCCUAUUGUCUUAAAUAUUCUAAUGUCCUUCUUUAUUACUCUGGAGAAACAUGUACAAACAAUAAAAUAUUUUAA